AUGGCGCGAUAUCUGACGCCUGCCAAAAUCGGGCUUUUGGCUCUUCUGGAGCUUUACACCGAGGAGGCAAUUCCCAGCGAGGCGAUAAUGCCUGUUCUGUCCUUCAUCACGUCUCAUAUUGUGGACCAUGGCUACUCGAAGCCACAAUCAACCCAAACGACACGGUGGAACAAGGCGGAGAGCACUGUGAGGCUGGUGAUUGCCAUGAAAGACUUUGAGAGGCUGCUGGGAAGCUAUCCUUUCCUGAUGGGCUUGCCGGGACGAAAGCUGUGGGAUCAGUUCCUGGCCCGGCUUUGGGAGAUCAAUUCCUUGGACGCGCUCCAUUCCUUUUUUGAGAGAAUAGGAGCGAUGUUGGCAAGAUCCAAAGACGAACGUCGGAGACUAGACGGAGGCGAGUCGCAAGGUGAAGACGAUCACAUCAAACUGACCCGCAACUCGCCAUAUGGCGCGUUCAUCCGCCGCGCACGGCUUGAGUUCCAGCGGCUUAGAUUCCAUGAUUGCACGGAGCUCUGGAGAGACUUUGUGAGAUACCGGCAGCCCACAGCUACCUAUCUGCGAAGGAAACAGCCCGGAUUCGGUCGUCUGAGCUUCGACGAGGUGCUGCGACACGGGGAGAACGAAGAAUGGGACGCCCGAAGUGUUGGCGACUUGGCGGCAGUCGCGUAUGGAGACAUGCUUACUGGGGAUCUCAAUGGGACGGUCGCUGUCAGCACUGAUGACGUUGAACUUCUGCUGGAGUUCCAGAUUGAUCAGAUGCAGAAAUACGGCAACAGAAUCCCCGUGGAAAUUCACCGGCAAUUCCAGGACUUGCUUCACGACAGCUUCUUGGUACCGAGCUUGACGCACUACCUGAGCUUCCUCGAUGCGUGGCGUGCCGGCGACUAUCCCACUGCCUUCGAUUCCCUUCACCGUUACUUCGACUAUACAAUGCAGUACCGUGACCGGCUCUUCUACCAAUAUGCGCUCAUGAACCUCGCCGUGUUGCAAGCGGAUUUUGGCUGUCACAAGGAUGCCGUCUCAGCAAUGCUUGAAACAGUAUCGACAGCUCGGGAGAACCGAGACAUGACGUGCCUGAACUUUGCUCUCAACUGGCUGUUUCACUUCGGCCGUGCUCAUCCUGACCUUGUUCAUGACCUCGAGCGCAACAGCAUGCUAGGCACGGGAAAGGAGACACUGGCAUUUCUGCGAGUGAAGGCUAGGGAGUCCGGCAUGUGGACGCUCUGGAGCUCCGUCCUCCUGAGCGAGGCAAAGGUUGCCCUCAUCAACGGCGAAUCUGUAGCGACGUCGCUGGAGCACAUGGCUCGCAGUUCGCAACUGAUCGUGGAGAGGAACAUGAAGACCAUGUUUGGGUCUCAUCUUGCGCUGCAAGCGGCUCUAUGGAAUCGGCUGGGUGUAACAACUUUGUCCAGCCUCGUCGCCGACAUAUUUCUUCGCUGUCACGCGCGACACUCGGUAUUCGAUGACGAGCUGAAGCACACUUGUCGCAUGGCAGUGACCUUGGCCGACCGAGGCAAAUAUGCCGAGGCACUCCAGGUACUCGAAAACCUGGAUGAGAACUCUCUUCGAUCCUGGAAACCGAGCCAAUACUGGCACAAAUAUCGAGGAAUCAUCAAGCUAAAGCGAGACUUGCACCACAAUAACCUGGACGGUGCAGAGCGCCUGAUGGCGCAGCUUCUCCAGUCUAAACCCGACGACCUAGAGCCUGACAUGGCGUUCAUGAUUGAGGGGCUGCACAUUGAGUACCUGACGCGACGCGGGGACAUUCAGGCAGCGUUCGCGUCCGUGGACAAGCUCAUGUCUCAGCUGUGCGAUGAGAGCAAGGACAUUGCUCUCCGCGUCAAGCUCCUCCUGCUCAAGGUGGCACUUCUGGACAAAUGUGGCAGACCACAGAGAGCCAUGUCCACGGCCGUCCGAGCCGCUAACCUGGCCUGGCGUGGGAGGCUCGUCCCAUGCCUUUGGCAAGCAGUUGGCGCCCUGUCAAACAUUCUCGUAUCCCUCGGCGCAUUUGAGGCGGCUGCCCAACUUCUCACCGCUACGCUGCCACGAGCGUUCGAAUGCGAGUCCCCAGGCCUGGUGGGCCAGCUGUACUCGUAUCUCGCGGACGCAAACAUGGGCCUUGCAGGCAUCAUGCCUCCCAAAUCGAGCAAGCGAACAGAGCACAUGAACCGGGCGGCGGGCGCUGUGCAAGAGGCAUUUGAUCAUUAUUCAGCCAUGGAGGACAUCGAGCGACAAUGCGAACUGAUGGCGAAGAAAGCCAUGAUCAUGAAACUUCAAGGGGAAGUCGGUUUGGCGGCGGACUUUGCGGCCGCGUACGUGGAGCUGCGGAAGAGCGCUGAGAUAUGGGGCACACAAGACGCAUGA